AUGACUAAAAAGAAAUCAAAGGCUUCCUCUUCCAAAUCAUCAUCAACUCCGUCCACAGAACAAGGCUCUUCUUCCUCUGCAUCAUCGUCUGCAUCAUCUUCCGAAUCUACGACCGGUGUGUUUGAUGGAGCUAUUGGCAUUGAUUUUGGUAACCAUAAUUGCACCGUCUCGUAUUUUAACGUUCAACAUUUGCUUUCAUCAUUUCCAAAUUUAAAUUCAUCAGCAGCUUUAACUUUAUCUCCGAAUAAGCCAUGUUAUGCUGCUACGGUGAUUCAACCUGUUCAAAAUAUGAACAGUCAUGUGGUUAUUAUACAGAAUGAAGAUGGUGCUCAUCAUACACCUUCCGUGAUUACAGUGAAUACAAUUGUUGAAGGGGAAGGAACAGAUCAUGAAACUACAAGAGAGGAAAUUAUUGUAGGAUUUCCUCCACUUCCAGGAGCAUCACUAGCUCCAGACCAAGUAGUUUCCGAUUUGAAGGAAUUCAUGUUGGAAGAUGAGGAACGAAUGAAGAAGGAAAAUUCAGAAACUCCAGAACAGAUUACUUUCAAUGGAGAGGAAUAUUCCCAAGAUUACAUGGUUAGCUUGUUAUUGGGAAAGAUGAAAAAUAUUUCAGAACAUUAUUUGGGAAAGAAAGUGAAAAAGGCAGUCAUUAGCUGUCCUUCAAAUUCCCCACAUUGUGAAUCGGUCAUUCGGAAAGCAUGUGAAAAGUUGGAUUUAAAAGUUUUAACAAUUCUCAAAGAACCUAUUGCUGCCUUAAUUGGUUAUGGGUUUGAUUUACCCAAGCCACAAGAAAAUGGCGUUGCUCGAAAUGUUUGUGUGAUUGAUGUGGGUGCUUUGGAAACAAAUAUUUCAGUAGUGAAAGUUACAGAAAAUGGUCUGUUUGAAAUGAUAAAGAGUGAAUCGAAACGACCACUGGGAGGAGAAUCUAUCGACCAAGUUAUGAUUCAAAUGUGUCUACAAGAAUUUAAGAAGCUCUAUUACAAGAAUAUGUCUGAACCCAUGUUCCAACAAGAAGUUGGAAAAAAUAGAAAAGUCCAAAACAAAUUAAGAAGAUCAUGUGAAAAUGCCAAGAUUGUGCUAUCCAACAAUCAACAAGCCAUGGUUGAAAUUGAUUCAUUGUACGAUGGUUUAGAUUUCCAAUUCAAGGUCACUCGUGCACGAUUUGAAAGUUCGGUCAUGUCAAUUUUUGGAAGCAUUAUUGAGCAUGCAAGACAAACAGUAGACUCGUUGACAGAGCAAGGAUUUUCAGUUGCAUCAAUUUCCGACGUGGUUCUUGUUGGAGGUUCUUGCCAGAUACCAAAGUUAAGGGACAGUAUUCAAACACUGUUUUCUCAAGCCCAAGUGCAUGACUCGGCUGUUGAAGACAGCAUUGCAGUGGGGUGUGCCAUUCAAGCACAUUUGAUACACAUGUACUCACAUUUAAUGAGCAACAAAACCAAAUAG